UCCGCCCAAGGCAUUCUGGGAGCCUGGAGGACUAGCGAGGAGGAGUUGAGAGAACGGAGCGGACGCCAUGGCGACCAACAUCGAGCAGAUUUUUCGGUCGUUCGUGGUCAGUAAAUUCCGGGAAAUUCAACAGGAGCUUUCCAGUGGAAGGAGUGAAGGCCAGCUCAAUGGUGAAACAAAUACACCUGUUGAAGGAAACCAGGCAGGUGAUGCAGUUGCCUCUGGCAGGAGCCUACCAAAUGAAGAAAUAGUUCAGAAGAUAGAGGAAGUGCUUUCUGGGGUCUUAGAUACAGAACUACGCUGUAAACCAGACUUGAAGGAGGCCUCUAGAAAAAGUAGAUGUGUGUCUGUACAAACAGAUCCUACUGAUGAAGUUCCCACCAAAAAGUCAAAGAAGCAUAAAAAGCACAAAAAUAAAAAGAAGAAAAAGAAGAAAGAAAAGGAAAAAAAGUAUAAAAGACAGCCGGAAGAAUCUGAAUCAAAGCCGAAAUCGCAUCAUGAAGAGAGCAUGGAUGUGGAAUCAGAUUCCUUUUUAAAGUUUGAUUCUGAACCUUCAGAGAUGGCACUGGAGCAUCCUGUAAGAGCUUUUGGUUCAUUUGAGACCAGUGAAACUCCUGCAGUUGUGCUGGAACCUCCUAUAAUAUCAAUGGAGGGAUCACAGCCACACACCUUAGAAACUCUGAAGCCAGCUGCAAAAACUGCAGAACUGUCAGUUGCAUCUACAUCAGUAAUUACGCAGUCAGAGCAGUUUGCGCCAGUAACGCUGGAACAACCCACGACAAAGAUUCUGGAUUCUUUUUCAACAGCACCAGUGCCUACUUCAACAGUAGUGCUAAAGUCACCUGAGCCAGUUGUAACAAUGUCAGUGGAGUGUCAGAUGAAGCCUGUGCUGAAAUCUUUGGAGAGCACACCUCCAGAGCCAUCAAAAAUCAUGUUAGAGCCUCCAGUAGCAAAAGUGUUAGAGCCAUCAGAAACCCUUGUGGUAUCAUCAGAGAAACCUACUGAGGUACUCCCUGAGCCAAGCACAUCGACGACAGUGGAUUUUCCAGAGUCUUCUGCAACUGAAGUACUAAGAUUGCCAGAGCAGCCUGUAGAAGUUCCAUCGGAGACUGCCGAUUCAUCCAUGACAAGAUCACAGGAGUUGCUGGAGCUGCCCAAGCCCACAGCAUUGGAGCUGCCGGAGUCGUCGGUGGCCUCAGCGAUGGAGUUGCCGGGGCCACCUGCGACCUCCAUUCCGGAGUUGCAGGGGCCCCCUGUGACUCCAGUGCUGGAGUUACCUGGGCCCUCUGCUACCCCGGUGCCAGAGUUGCCAGGGCCCCCUUCUACCCCAUUGCCUGAGUUGCUAGGGCCCCCUGCGACAGCAGUGCCUGAGUUGGCGGGGCCCUCAGUGACAUCAGUGCCACAGUUGUCACAGGAAUUGCCGGGGCUUCCAGCACCAUCCGUGGAGUUGGAGCCAUCACAGGAGGUACCAGAGCCACCUGUGAUGGCACAGGAGAUGCCAGGGCAGCCUGCGGAAACAGUAGAGAUGGAGUUGACCGAGCAACCUGCGACGGCGACAGAGUUGGAGCAGCCUGUGGGAAUGACAACGGUGGAACAUCCUGGGCAGCCUGAGGUGACAACGGCAACAACGUUGCUGGGGCAGCCUGAGGCAGCGAUGGUGCUGGAGUUGCCAGGGCAGCCAGUGGCAACAACAGCGCUGGAGUUGCCAGGGCAGCCUUCGGUGACUGGGGUGCCAGAGUUGCCAGGGCUGCCUUCGGCAACUAGGGCACUGGAGUUGUCUGGGCAGCCUGUGGCAACUGGGGCACUGGAGUUGCCUGGGCAGCUCAUGGCAACUGGGGCACUGGAGUUCUCGGGGCAGCCUGGGGCAGCUGGAGCACUGGAGCUUUUGGGGCAGCCUCUGGCAACAGGGGUUCUGGAGUUGCCAGGGCAGCCUGGGGCGCCAGAGUUGCCUGGGCAGCCUGUGGCAACUGUGGCGCUGGAGAUCUCUGUUCAGUCUGUGGUGACAACAACGGAGCUGUCAACGAUGACCGUGUCGCAGUCCCUGGAGGUGCCCUCGACGACAGCGCUGGAAUCCUAUAAUACGGUAGCACAGGAGCUGCCUACUACACUAGUGGGGGAGACUUCUAUAACAGUAGGAGUGGAUCCCUUGAUGGCCCAAGAAUCCCAUUUGUUAGCUUCUAACACCAUGGAGACCCAUAUGUUAGCGUCCAACACCAUGGACUCCCAAAUGCUAGCGUCCAACACCAUGGACUCCCAAAUGCUAGCGUCCACCACCAUGGACUCCCAGAUGUUAGCGACCAGCUCCAUGGACUCCCAGAUGUUAGCGACCAGCUCCAUGGACUCCCAGAUGUUAGCGACCAGCUCCAUGGACUCCCAGAUGUUAGCGACCAGCUCCAUGGACUCCCAGAUGUUAGCGACCAGCUCCAUGGACUCCCAGAUGUUAGCGACCAGCUCCAUGGACUCCCAGAUGUUAGCGACCAGCUCCAUGGACUCCCAGAUGUUAGCGACCAGCACCAUGGACUCCCAGAUGUUAGCGACCAGCACUAUGGACUCCCAGAUGUUAGCGACCAGCACCAUGGACUCCCAGAUGUUAGCGACUAGCUCUAUGGAUUCCCAGAUGUUAGCUUCUGGCACUAUGGACUCUCAAAUGUUAGCUUCUGGCACCAUGGAUGCCCAGAUGUUAGCGUCUGGUACCAUGGAUGCCCAGAUGUUAGCAUCUAGUACCCAAGAUUCUGCUAUGUUGGGUUCAAAAUCUCCUGAUCCCUACAGGUUAGCUCAGGAUCCUUACAGGUUGGCUCAGGAUCCCUAUAGGUUAGGCCAUGAUCCUUACAGGCUAGGUCAUGAUGCCUACAGAUUAGGGCAAGAUGCCUAUAGGUUAGGCCACGAUCCCUAUAGACUAACUCCUGAUCCCUAUAGGAUGUCACCUAGACCUUAUAGGAUAGCACCCAGGUCUUCUUAUAGGGUAGCCCCGAGGCCAUAUAGGUUAGCACCUAGACCCCUGAUGUUAGCAUCAAGACGUUCUAUGAUGAUGUCCUAUGCUGCAGAACGUUCCAUGAUGUCCUCUUACGAGCGCUCUAUGAUGUCUUAUGAGCGCUCUAUGAUGUCCCCUAUGGCUGAGCGCUCUAUGAUGUCAGCCUAUGAGCGCUCUAUGAUGUCAGCCUAUGAGCGCUCCAUGAUGUCCCCUAUGGCUGAGCGCUCCAUGAUGUCAGCUUAUGAGCGCUCUAUGAUGUCAGCUUAUGAGCGCUCCAUGAUGUCCCCAAUGGCUGACCGGUCAAUGAUGUCCAUGGGUGCUGACCGGUCUAUGAUGUCAUCAUACUCUGCUGCUGACCGAACUAUGAUGUCGUCGUACUCUGCAGCCGACCGGACUAUGAUGUCAUCUUACACUGCUGAUCGUUCAAUGAUGUCUAUGGCAGCUGAUUCUUACACCGAUUCUUACACUGAUACAUAUACAGAGGCAUAUAUGGUGCCACCCUUGCCUCCCGAAGAGCCUCCAACAAUGCCACCAUUGCCACCUGAAGAGCCACCAAUGACACCACCAUUGCCUCCUGAGGAACCACCAGAGGGCUCAGCAAUAUCCACUGAGCAGUCAGCAUUAGCAGCUGAAAAUACUUGGCCUACUGAGGUGCCAGCAUUGCCUUCUGAAGAAUCUGUAUCCCUGUCUGAACCUCCUGCGAGUCAAAGUGAGAUUUCAGAGCCUUCAGUAGCUCCUGCAGAUUACUCAGUGUCAGCAGCAGAGUCUUCAGUAUUAGCACCAGAGGCUGUCAUGACUGUUCCAGAGCCAGCACUGGAGCCAGAGUCUUCGGUUACAUCCCUACCUGGAGAGUCUGCUGCAAUAGCAGAAGAGCAUGAAGUUGUUCCAGAGAGGCCAGUGACUUACAUGGUAUCUGAAACUCCCAUAAUGUCAGCUGAACCGACUAUGUUAACAUCAGAUCCUUCUGUUAUGUCAGAGACAGCAGAAACUUUUGAUUCCAUGAGAGCCUCGGGACAUGUUGUCUCAGAGGUAUCUGUGUCCCACCUGGAACCUGCAGCAACUAUUCCAGAGCCAUCACAGAACACUCUAGAGCUGUCAGCCAUGGCUGUCUCAGAGCCGCCUUCUGCGGCUGUCCCGGAGCCCCCAGCUGAGGCUGUCCCGGAGCCCCCAGCCGAGGCUGUCCCGGAGCUCCCAAAUGAGGCUGUCCCUGGGCCACUGGCUUUGGCUGUCCCAGGGCUUCUGCCCGAGGCUAUCCCUGGGCCACCAGCUGAGGCUGUCCCAGAGCCCCUGGCCUUGGUUGAGCCAGAGCGUGUUACCAUUCCUGUGUCAGUUUCUGCCCUGGAAACUGCUGUGCCUGUCCUGGAACCAGCAGUGUCAGUCUUUCAACCUAACAUCAUUUCAGAACCAUCUGUUUCUGUCCAAGAAUCCACAGUGAUAGUCUCAGAGCCUGCUGUCAUUGUCUCAGAGCAGACUCAAACACCAACUGAGAUGGCUUUAGAGUCUACGCCAGUGCUGAAGUCUAGUGUUGUAAAAGGAAUGAAUGUACUAUCUGGUGAUCAAAGUCUUGCCCCAGAGAUUGACAUGCAGGAGGUUCUUAUGCAUUCAGAUGAAGGGCCACAUGCUGAAGGACACCUGAAGAGUGACUCUUAUGAAAGUGAACAUGGUAUACAUAGAGACUUGGAUAUAAAUAAUCAUUUAAUUGCUAAAGAGAUGGAACAAAGCAUGGUGUCUGCUGCCAGCACUGGAGCUGUUGGUGAAAUUGGUGAAGAGAAAACUUUGCCCAUCAAUGAGACUAAACAAUGCACAGUAUUGGAUACCUGCCCUAGUGUUAGUGAAGCUGAGGUAGAAGGAACUCUGUCUUCUACUGGUCCCCUUGUUUUUGAACCUGAUACAAUGGGAACGAGUAAGGGUAUUGAAUUUGCCACAGCAUCUGCUCUCAGUUCAGUUAGUAAGUAUGAUGUUGAAGUAUCUUUAACUAGUCAGGAUACUGAACAUGACAUGGUGAUUUCCACCAGCCCCAGUGGUGGUAGUGAGGCUGACAUAGAGGGACCUUUGCCUGCUAAAGACAUUCAUUUUGAGUUAUCAUCUAAUAACUUCAUUUGUAAUGAUGCAGAAGGACCAUUACCUGUAAAAGAGAGUGACCAGGCAUUAGCAGUUGCUCUCAGCCCUAAAGAAAGUAGUGAGGAUAAAGAAGUACCUCUCCCUCCUAAAGAGACAUUGCCUGAAUCUGGAUUUUCUGCCAAUAUAGAUGAUAUUAAUGAAGCAGAUUUAGUGAGACCAUUACUUCCUAAGGACAUGGAACGUCUUACAAGCCUCAGAGCUGGUAUUGAAGGACCUGUACUUGCAAGUGAAGCUGAACGUGACAAAUCUACUGCCAGUCCAGUUGUAAUUAGUAUACCAGAAAGAGCUUCAGAGUCGUCUUCAGAGGAAAAAGAUGAUUAUGAAAUUGUUGUAAAAGUUAAGGACACACAUGAAAAAAGCAAGAAAAAUAAGAACCGUGAUAAAGGUGAGAAAGAGAAGAAAAGAGACUCUUCAUUAAGAUCUCGAAGUAAGCGGUCCAAGUCUUCUGAACACAAAUCACGCAAGCGUACCAGUGAAUCUCGUUCUAGGGCAAGGAAGAGGUCAUCUAAGUCCAAGUCUCAUCGCUCUCAAACACGUUCAAGGUCACGUUCAAGACGCAGAAGGAGGAGCAGCAGGUCAAGAUCAAAAUCAAGAGGAAGGCGAUCCGUAUCAAAAGAGAAACGCAAAAGAUCUCCAAAGCACAGAUCCAAGUCCAGGGAGAGAAAAAGGAAAAGAUCAAGCUCCAGGGAUAACAGGAAAACUGCUAGAGCUCGAAGUCGCACCCCUAGUCGGCGGAGUAGGAGUCAUACCCCGAGUAGGCGAAGAAGAUCUAGAUCUGUGGGGAGAAGGAGCUUUAGCAUCUCUCCCAGCCGCCGGAGCCGCACCCCGAGCCGGCGGAGCCGCACCCCGAGCCGGCGGAGCCGCACCCCCAGCCGAAGGAGUCGCACCCCCAGCCGAAGGAGUCGCACCCCCAGCCGUCGGAGUCGCACCCCCAGCCGGCGGAGCCGCACCCCGAGCCGGCGGAGCCGCACCCCAAGCAGGCGGAGAAGAUCAAGGUCUGUGGUAAGAAGACGAAGCUUCAGUAUAUCACCAGUCAGGUUACGGCGAUCACGAACACCCUUGAGAAGAAGGUUUAGCAGAUCUCCCCUCCGCCGUAAACGGUCCCGGUCUUCAGAAAGAGGCAGAUCACCUAAACGUCUAACAGAUUUAAAUAAGGCUCAAUUACUUGAAAUAGCCAAAGCUAAUGCAGCUGCCAUGUGUGCUAAGGCUGGUGUUCCUUUGCCGCCAAACCUAAAGCCUGCACCUCCACCUACAAUAGAAGAGAAAGUUGCUAAAAAGUCAGGAGGAGCUACUAUAGAAGAACUAACUGAGAAAUGCAAACAGAUUGCACAGAGUAAAGAAGAUGAUGAUGUAAUAGUGAAUAAGCCUCAUGUUUCGGAUGAAGAGGAAGAAGAACCUCCUUUUUAUCAUCAUCCCUUUAAACUCAGUGAACCCAAACCUAUUUUUUUUAAUCUGAAUAUUGCUGCAGCAAAGCCAACUCCUCCAAAAAGCCAGGUAACACUAACAAAAGAGUUUCCUGUGUCGUCUGGGUCUCAGCAUCGGAAAAAAGAAGCAGAUAGUGUUUAUGGAGAGUGGGUUCCUGUAGAAAAAAAUGGGGAAGAAAGCAAAGAGGAUGAUAAUGUUUUCAGCAGCAAUUUGCCCUCUGAGCCUGUGGACAUCUCUACAGCAAUGAGUGAGCGGGCACUUGCUCAGAAGAGACUCAGUGAAAAUGCAUUUGACCUUGAAGCCAUGAGCAUGUUAAAUCGAGCUCAGGAACGGAUCGACGCCUGGGCUCAGCUCAACUCAAUCCCCGGCCAGUUCACCGGAAGUACUGGAGUGCAGGUCCUGACGCAGGAGCAGUUGGCCAACACUGGUGCCCAAGCCUGGAUUAAAAAGGACGGAUCCUGAAGAUGGACGGCAGUCGUGAGACAAUGGCCAAUGCAUAACUAAGGCUCAAGAGCCACUCGGUUUAUACCCUGAGGUUAUUUUUAUUCUUGCCGUUACUUGUCUUUGGGGGGGUGGUCUUUUUAAACUGUUUUGAAUGCCCAUAAUGUGUCUCAGGUGCUGUUCAGAAUAUUCCGCAGCUGCUGUUGGACUUCUAAUCUUACGGUUUCGAAGCAGUGGUUCUCAAAUUUUUUCUCAUCCUGGGAUACUUUAUUACAGGUUUAUUUUUUGGUGGAGCCCUCUACCACCCUAAUUAUCCAUUCCUCCAUUCCUGUGCCCUUCUCUCCCCUUCCUUAGUGCCUGCGCCCUCCUGUAAGCUCCCUCGGUCCCUAGGCCUCACCCCUCUUGUGAUCUUCAGGCUCAGGUCCCUGUGGUUGUCAGCUUGGUGACAGCAAGUAGUUGGGAGGCCCCAGUGUUAGCACUGCAUGUGAUGAGUUUGCCGUGGGACCGGAAGGCCGGGGGAGGGGGGCUGGAGCGUGGGGUGGGCGUUGCUGAAGGGGGAAGGGUGGGGUGGGGAUGGAGAGUGCUCUCCGUGGACCACCAUUUAGGCCUGGUGGCCUUUGGUGGUCCACAGGCUCCAUUUGAGAACCACUGAUCUCAUGAAAAACAAACAAACAAACAAACAAACAAAAAACCAGGAUGUGUGAGACCUAAAAUCAAGGGAGAGGACCGGCGCUUCGUGCUGUGAAGAUGUAGGUGCUCCUGGUUUCAGAUUCCUGCAGUGAGACCUGUGCACUCCACCUACGGCUGCCUCGUUGUUGGGGGAGUCUUAGGUGGUUGGGAAGGGGUUUCUGGGGAAAUGCGACGUGAAGGGAUGCGGCUUGCGUGGGUGGGUGGUGGUGACGUGUUUCAGGAGUACAGGCAGCACGGCCGUGCUGUGACUGGGAGGCCGUGUGGCCCGAUGGGCUGGGAAGGUUUCUUGAUCCCACUGUAUUCCUGACUUCUUUGGAGAUCACGGGCAAGUAAAGGAUGGGUUCAGUCUGCACGUGUCACCUGAGGACAAGUCCUCCUUCCUGCCACUCAGGGUGGGUGGUAAUUAGCAGUGCGAUGAAUGCCAGGGAAUGAGCUGAUUUCCGGAAAAAAUGAGAUUUUGCUUGCGUGGACCUUUUAAUCUCAACAUUGAUUUUAGUUUUGAUACCAUUAUCUGUGAUGAUUCUCUUAUUAACAAAUGUAAAGCAUAUUCUUACUUUGCCUGCCAUUUGGGGGGGAAAUAAGCACUCGUGUGUAUAUUGAAUGUAUAGAUUUAUUAAAAAACUACAACUUAUGUAGUUUUUACUGGGAAGUUGGUGUUGAAAAAAGACAAGGAUUCAGCAGGUUAUUUUUAAGUUUGAAUUAAUUUUGGACUAAUUACAAUAUUUCAAAUAUGAAAGUGAUUUGUGUAUUUGAAAAGUGGCUUUCAUCUCAUUGGGAAGAAUUAUAAAUGUACAUCUACUUAACAGUUCCGAUUCUUUAAAACCAAUACUUUUUAAUCUUGAAGCUGCGUAUGCAGUGCUUCAGGAAGGGCGGCUGAAGCUCGAAUGGCAUUUAGGUACACCAUGAUCAGUUGUGUGCAUUACUAACUAGUUAAAAAUGUUUUAAUGCAAUUCCAUCGCAAAAUUUUAUUCUAAACUUAUAUGUAAUGAAGUGCUGAUCUGUAAUGCUUAUAACAUACUUCUAAAUAACAUGUUAACUGUAAAAAACGAAUCUUUGAUAGAUUCAAUUGGUUCUCUGAAUUUUACCUUAAUUUUUAAAAAUUUUCAAAUUUUGUAAGCAGUUGAUUUUAAAUAAAUAAUUGGUAUCAUUUUAAAUAUGUAAUUUUGAAAAAUUAUGAUGAGAUAAAGGUAUGUUCAUCCAACCAAAUUUUUAAAUUACUGAAGAAAGGAAUGCUUUCAGGAGGACUCUUUGUAUGCUAGUUGAAGAGUAUUUGCUACUAAUAUCAAGGAUGGAACAUUUUACUGAUAAAAAUGAGGUAGAACAUGUGAAAAAGUUGUUAGGCAACAGAAAAUAUAACAUUUAUUUUCACUGUCAAAUACCACAAAACUGUCUGCUUGUUGUAUUAGGAAAGUCUUUGGCUUUUUCUGCCUUGUUAUAUAGCCCAGUACCCUGUAUCUCUUUCUAUGUUACAAACUGCUUGGACUAUCAACAGUCCCCUUAUUUUUCAGUUUGUUGCAAUUUAUUCUUAGAUGAAAUAGGAGUUUUGUCUUUUUUUUUUGCCAGUAAAACAUUUUAAAAUAGUUACUGAUUGAAAGAGCCUUUAUUUAUUUAUUUUUUUUGAAUGGAAUGAUUCGGACGUGACCUGAUGAAUAUUGUUUGCUACCAUAGUCUCACUAGAUUAAUCAGCUUUUUGGUGAACUGUGUACACACUCUGGGGUAAAGGAACAUAUUGCAGAAUGGAAACCUGGGUUGUUUUGGGGUUUGUCUGUACUCUGCACAGUUGCCGUUUUUUUCAGGAGUGUUUCCUGGAAAAGAGGGGCGGACGAACCUGGAAGUAAGUAAAGUCGUUCUAGGUGUGUAGCAACAAGGCAGUUGGUAUCCAGGCGUCAGCUAACUUUUCUCUCAGUACAUCAGCACUGCAUGGCCUGCCCCACAUAAGGAACUGAACCAGGGGUAUGUUUUUACCUCCAUGGCUGCCUCCUUCCAUCAGAGCACCUGGUCCAACUUAAUGUCUACUCACACAGAUCAUUGGCUCGUUUUCUCCCUUAGCAUGUAAUUUCAAAGCUGGGGGAGAAUAACACACAGUUUUACUACUGUGAAAAAACAAGAUUU